AAGAGGAGAGAGAGAGAAAGAUCCGAUACCCACUUUCGUCUCCCCGGAUCCCGCCUCGCUGUCCUCGCCGCCGCUCUCGCCGCUCGCUGAUCGCCGAUCUCCGAUCGCCGUUAUCCGGUGAAGAAACUUCGUCUUCUACGACGCUGCAAGUAAUCAUAGACUUUGUUCAAGUGAAAAGGAAGUUCUUUGAAGUGAAAAGGAGAAAAGUGAUAAUGACAUAUUGGUGGAGAAGAAGAUAUGGUAAUUAGUAAUUACCAUAACUUCUAGUCCUUUUCUAGGUCGCUUCUUCAAUUCUUACACAAUUUUCAGCGUGAAAUUUCCUCGAUUAUCUCUUAGCGAUUGCUGAAAGGGAAGAAAGAAUAGCGUUGUUUUCCAGCUGAUUGAGUAGUUUCGUCUUCAGAAGAAGAGUUCGCAGCAGGCUUUGUGAUUCAAACAACCGAUUGAACAUCUCUAAGACCGGGAUUCAGCAUAACUAAGCAUGCCUGUCUGAGGGACUAUUGAAGAUUCUUUAUAUGCACUGAUCUACGAACAAAUGGACUCAGACUUAGUUGGAAUGGAUUCGAACAAUUGGCGAUCCACCCAAGGCGGUGAGCCUGCUGUUGAUACUGGUGAUUGGAGGUCUCAAUUACCACCUGAUUCAAGGCAACGGAUUGUGAAUAAGAUAAUGGAUACUCUGAAGAGGCAUCUUCCCUUUCAUGGGCCAGAUGGUCUUCAAGAACUCAAGAAAAUUGCUAUAAGAUUUGAGGAGAAGAUCUACUCUGCUGCCAUAAGCCAGACGGAUUAUCUGAGAAAAAUAUCACUGAAAAUGCUAACGAUGGAGACAAAAUCUCAAAAUAGCAUGGUGAAUCCUGCACAACCUACUUCUGCCAUCAGUAAUAACAAGAAUCCUCAAGAUCCAGGAUCACACAGUAUGCAGUCUCAGGCCGGAAACCAAGGGCAACAAAUGCCCAUGCCGAUGGGAAACAACCAGGUUCAAGCACGACAACAGCUAAUAUCCCAGAACAUUCAGAAUAACAUUGCGCCAGGUGGAGUUCAACAAGGUUCGUCCGGAUUAACAUCAGGAAUGACUUCCAUCAAUGGUCUACCCUCUACCAACAUGCCAAAUGUGGCCUCCCAAAAUCCUAACAUUCAAAACAUGCAAAACAUGUCUGGAGUUCAACAAAAUUUGGUGGGAAAUACGAUGGGGCAAGGGAUUUCAUCAAAUAUGAUGGUGAAUUCGCAGCAGAGGCAAAUGCAAGGAGCGGGGAGGCAACAGAUAAUGCCCCAACAGGCGCAACAGCAGCAACAACAACAGCAGCAGUCUCAGAAUUAUCUAUACCAGCAGCAGUUGCAGCAGCAACUUAUGAAACCGAAAUACCAAGGGAACUUAUCCCAUUCGAGCAUGCAAUCUCACGUGCAGCAACAGCAGUCCCAGCAACAACCCAACAUAAUGCAGUCGUCUUCUCAGCAGCAAGUUAUGCAGCCUUCGACCAUACAAUCGGGUUCUUUAUCUGGUCUUCAACAGAAUCAACAGAUUUCUGUUCAACAGCCUACACAGACCGGGCUACAGCAAAAUUCACAAGCGGUCUUCAGGCAGCAGCAACAGCAGAAUUCAAUGAUUCACCAACAGCAGCAGACUGGGCAGCCAAUGCAGCAACAUCAGCUAAUUGGGCAACAGUCAAAUGCAAACAAUAUGCAACAACAACUAACUGGUCCGCAGAAUAACAUUUCUGAUAUGCAACAACAACAGCAGCAGCAAAGGAUGCUCAGUCAGCAAAAUAAUCUUCCCAAUAUGCAGUCGCAACAACAGCUUAUGAGCCAGACCAAUAAUCUCUCAAAUGUGCAUCACCAGUCAAUGGGUUCUCUAAAUAAUGUUGUUGGAUUACCACAACAAUCUCUUGUUACUCAGCCGGGUAGCUCAAAUUUGCAGACUAAUCAGCAUUCUUUACCAAUAAUGCAACAGCCUAAAAUCCCUCUUCAGCAACAAAGCCAGCAGGGUAACACAACAUUGUUGCCAAACCUGGGUGGUCAGACAUCACAGCAGCAGACAUCAUCACAACAAUCAAUGGCUCAGAUUCAGUCUCAAACUGGGCAGUUGCAACAACAGUUAGGCAUGCAACAGCAGUCUAGUUCUGUACAAAGAGAUAUGCAGCAAAGGCAUCAAACGUCUGGCCCUUUGCUUCAACAGCAGAAUAUGAUUGAUCAGCAGAAACAAAUAUUUCAAUCUCAACGGGCUGUCUCUGAGGCAUCAUCAACUUCUUUGGACUCCACAGUUCAGACAGGAACUGCAAAUAGUGGAGAUUGGCAAGAGGAAAUAUUUCAAAAGGUUAAAUCCCUGAAGGAGACAUAUUUACCAGAGCUGGCUGAAAUGUAUCAGAAGAUUUCUUUCAAGUUGCAGCAGCAUGAUCCUCAACCUCAGCAACCUAAAAAUGAACAAGCUGAGAGGCUCAAAAUAUUCAAGACCAUGUUGGAGCGAAUUAUUUCGGUGCUGCAGAUUACCAAAAACAAUAUUUCGCUUAGUUACAGGGACAAACUGCCUUCUUAUGAAAAACAAAUAAUAAAUUUUCUGAAUUCAAAUAGGCCUCGUAAACAGGGUCCCAUCAUGCCGCAAGGUCAACAGCUUGGCCAAUCUCAGAUGCAAUCCAUGCAGCAACAGCAUUCUCAAAUGCAGCCACAUGAGAAUCAAAUGAACACCCAGCAGCUUCAACAGAUGAGCAUGCAAAAUCCCAUAACAGCAAUGACAGGCCUUCAGCAGAAUCCUAUGCCGCCAUCUUUAACAGGCAUUCAGAAUUCAUUACAGCCUAGUUCCAAUGAUUCAGGCCAAGGUAAUCACCUAAAUAAUAUGCAGCAGCCCGUCUCUGUCGGAUCUUUGCAGCAAAAUCCUAUGAGUGUUGUUCCCCAACAAGUUAACAUGAACAACGUGCUUCAGCAGAACCUCUCAUCAGUCGUUCAGUCAAAUGCUUCCGGUCUUCCAUCCCAGCAUAUAAAACAAGAACAAAAUAUGUUACAGAAUCAACAGCCAAUGAAGCAACAACAGCAACGUCAGAUUCAGCAACAGUUGAUGCAGAGACAAUUGUACCAGCAGCAGCAACAACAGACACAGCAAAUGAAGCAACAACAAACGGCACAAUUACAGCCCCACCAGAUCUCUCAGCUUCAUCAGAUGUCUGACAUGAGCGACUUGAAGAUCAGACAGCAGUUGGCUAACAAGCAGCAGCAGAGAAGUCAACUACAUCAACAGGUGAAGUCAACUACUAAUUCAUUUCCUAUUUCGUCACCACAGCUUCUUCCGACUGCAUCAUCUCCCCAACUUUUUCAGAAUCCGUCUCCGCAAAUUGAUCAGCAAAACAUGCUGUCAUCUCUUACGAAGACUGGAACCCCUCUUCAGUCUAUAAACUCGCCUUACAUCAUUCCAUCUCCUCCAACUCCUCUUGUUCCAUCACCAAUGCCUGGGGAAUCUGAAAAAGUCGUUAUUACAAAUAUUGGACAUCCUACAGCCCUUUCUUCACAGUCGCUUGCUAUUGGAACUCCUGGAAUAUCUGCAUCCCCUUUGCUCGAGUCCACUAGCCCUGAGAAUCAUGUUAAUCCUUUUGCAGUUGCUUCUGGCAAGUCCAGCAUUACAGAGUUGCCUAUGGAUCGGUUACUUAGAGUGGUAAAGUCGAUGUCGCCAAGUGCAUUGAGUGAUUCCGUGAGGGAUAUCGGCUCAAUUGUCGGUAUGUUUGAUAGGAUAGCUGGAUCAGCACCAGGUAAUGGUUCCCGAGCUGCUGUUGGAGAGGAUUUAGCUGCGAUGACCAAGUGCCGUUUACAAGCAAGGAAUUUUGCAAUGCAAGAUGGAGCUAAUGGCAUGAGGAGAAUGAAGCGAUAUACAACAGCCAACUUUGUGACUGGCUCUGAGAAUUCUGACGCAGAGUCAACUGCUACAUCUGGUGUCAAAUGGCCUCGACUGGCGGCAAAUCAUUCCCUUUUGGAGGAGAUAAGGAAGAUAAAUGAGCGACUUAUAGAAACAGUUGUGGAUAUUAGUGAUGACGAGGAAGUUGAUCCUAUUGCUUCUGCAGCUGCUGCAGCUGAAGGUGGUGAAGGAACUAUAGUUAAAUGCUCUUACGCAGCUGUUGCUCUCAGCCCCACCUUUAAAGCGCAUUAUGCUUCUGCAAAAAUGUCGCAAAUUCAGCCCUUACGUUUGCUUGUUCCCAAUAACUACCCAAAUUGCUCUCCUAUAUUCAUGGACAAGUUCCCAACUGAGCCAAGUAAGGAGAGUGAAGAUUUAUCUGCAAAGACAAAAUCAAGGUUUAGCAUAUCUCUGCGAACCCUUUCACAACCGAUGUCGCUCGGAGAAAUUGCAAAGAUGUGGGAUGUAUGUGCUCGUGCAGUGAUCUUAGAGUAUGCACAACAAAAUGGAGGUGGGAGUUUCAGCUCGAAAUAUGGAUCUUGGGAUAACUGCUUCAGCACAGUGGAAUGAUCGAUUCUUUCACCAAGUUCAGGUUGAAAAAAUUAAACUAUUUAUUAGACUUUGCAUUAUACAGAAAUGUAACAAAGUACAUUAUCUUUUCUGUACCUUAUUUUUCUGUACCUUAUUUUUCUGGAGUGUAGUUUUCAAACUCUAAUGUUUGUGUUAUUGGUUGCAGUAGUAUUGGGGGACAAUGAAAAAAAGUGUUUUACCU